AUGUUAUCUUGUGACGAUAAUUCAGAUGUUUCAUAUGCCUCUGGAUUCCACAAUUCUAACAGACAUUCAAAUAGAGAUUAUACAAAGGGGGAAUAUUCUAAUAGACAAUACUCUAACAGAGAUUAUUCUAAUAGAGAAUAUACUAAGGGGGAAUAUACUAAGGGGGAAUAUACUACAAAGGGAGAAUAUACAAGUAAUAUAGAUGUGGGUAUGAGUUCGUUGAAUAUAUCUCGUUCUCAUAAUGACCACUCACUUUCUGAGACUAUUAAGGAUAAUCAAUUCCAUAAUGGAACUGAUCCAAGUUGGUACUCAGGUAUGGUUGAUUCGAGGAAUAGAGAUGUGCUAAGCUCAUAUAUGUACGACUCAGUAAACUCUGAAGUACCCCAAAGUAUAAUAGAUAAUGAAUUGGGUUUCUCGAAUCUUACACUCCCACUAUUUGAUUAUUAUCCAAACUAUGUGGAGUCAGAGAAGGUUACAGGCUAUGAAACAAACCCAUCCAAGAAUAUUAAUACAUUUGAUGCCCACUCAAAUGGUCUUAAUACUUUUAAUAACUCUACAAGUACAGCUCCUAAUUCACUGAAUAGUACAGUCUCAAGUACAUACAAUGGUACAAUAUCCAACUCCUACAAUGGAGUCUCAAGUUCAUAUAAUGCUAUUCCAAAUACAUAUAAUACAGGCACAUAUACGUCAAGUACAUAUAAUUCGAGUACAAUGAAUAGAAUAGGUGUUAAUAAAUAUAGAAAUAAACAACGUGGUAAGCUUGACGUAUAUUCCCCAAAUAAAGUUUCUAAUUUCCAAAAUAUGGAAAAUAACUUAAAUACACGUGAACAAUUACAUUUAACAAAUGACCAAAUACAUUUAAAUGAACAAUUACACUUAACAAAUGAAGAUAUGUUAUUUAACACACAAAUUGAUAACUCACAAUACAAUACACAUCCGGAUACACACUUCACGCAAUCAGAUAUGGAUACACAAUUAGAAAUGGAAUUCAAUAAACAUGCAGAAAUGGAGUUUAAUACACACGUAAACACGCAGUUGAAUACACAAAUGGAUAAUUCACAUUUUACACACUCUGAAUCACAUUACAGUACACAUCCAGAAUCACACCAUGAAGGAACACAAUAUCACGAAUCAUCACAAUAUAUACAUGGUGAUAAAGAAUAUAUACAUGGUGAUAAACAAUUAAGUAAUAAUCAUUUGAGUAAUACACAAUAUUAUAGUCCAGAACCGGAGUGUUCAUCUUUGGAAGUAUCGAGUCUAAAGGAGACAAGGAAACAAUUCUACCAGAAUAAGGAUUCAACAGUGUUCUUAAAGAUCUUGGCGACGCAAUUGGUGUCAGGAACAAUAAUAGGAAGAGGAGGAAAGGGAUUAAAUUGGUUCCGACGCAAGAGUAAGGUGGAUGAUAUCGUUUUAUCGAUGCCCUGGGAACUUUACCCGAAGACUGAAUACAGAACUCUGCUCCUUAAAGGCACAGUGAAAUCAGUAAUCAAGUCAACAUGUAUAAUAUCAGAGCUAAUGAACUCCAGUUACUCACUCCAAGCUGAUAACACCAUGCUGGUAAUGGUGGUUAUCCCAGACCUAUUUCUGUCAGCAAUCGACGAGAUUAAGAGGACGACGAACCCAGAAACUCUCUCAAUCACGUUAUUCAGAGAUGAAAACUCACGUCAUGAGGAAAUCGUGGCCGUCAUCAAAGGUGACAAACCAAGAGUUAAAGAUCUUGUUGUAGCCAUUGCAACCUCAAUCACUGAGACUAUUCCACCUGAAAAAUAUUGUUUUGUUGCUUAUUCUGAACAUACAAAUACACAAUCUUAUACACAAAAUAAUACCUAUACACAAGGGAAUUCAUAUACACAGACUAAUUUACAAGGGAAUUCAUAUACACAAGGUAAUUUGCAGAGUAAUUCACAGAGUAGUUCCUUGUCAAAUUCAUAUUCACAAUCAAAUGGUAAUCCCAAUUAUCAAGACAAUUCAAGUGUAUAUACGAAUGGUACUGGCCAGUAUCAAAAGAAUCAGAAAACUGAUGAAAUUGAUAGUCUGAUAAAUCAAAUAGAAAACUCUCUGGAUAAAGGAAAUCUGGGAGCAUUGAAUAAUAUCUCGACACUGCUAAGAUAUAAGCCGGAACUGCUAUCAACACAAGUAGAAGUGCAAGUAAAUCUGGCAAACGGGAUACCAGAAGAUGUCAUCGCAGCAUCUUCAAUGUACAAGUGCGAUCUCUUCCAAAAUGACAAGGAUGGAGACAAAGUACAAUGCAGAAUCUCGGGACAAUUCGCAGGAUGCUUCGCCACACUCUUACUAAUCCUCAUUAAGUCCAAAUAA